GAGAGGGCGCGUUCCCGACUCCCCACCGUGGGCUGCGGCCGCGUCCUAGGCACUGGACCCAGACCCGUCGUGGGGCGGGGCUGCGGUGCGGGCCGUCGGCGCCAGGCUUUCCUAAGCGACCUUUUCAAACCAUGCGAAGAUCUGUUUUAAGAAGACGUACUGCUCUGGGAUGGAGAAGUAUGAGAAAAUCGGAAAAAUUGGAGAAGGGUCCUAUGGAGUGGUUUUCAAAUGCAGAAACAGGGACACCGGUCAGAUUGUGGCCCUCAAGAGGUUUCUGGACUCAGAAGACGACCCUGUCAUAAAGAAAAUUGCCCUUCGGGAAAUCCGCAUGCUCAAGCAACUCAAGCAUCCCAACCUUGUCAACCUCUUGGAAGUCUUCAGGAAAAAACGGAGGCUUCACCUGGUGUUUGAAUAUUGUGAUCACACAGUUCUCCAUGAGUUGGACAGAUACCAAAGGGGGGUACCAGAACAUCUCGUGAAGAGCAUAACUUGGCAGACACUGCAAGCUGUAAAUUUUUGCCAUAAACACAAUUGUAUACACAGAGAUGUGAAGCCAGAAAAUAUCCUCAUCACAAAACAUUCAGUGAUUAAGCUUUGUGACUUUGGAUUUGCUCGGCUUUUAACUGGACCGAGUGACUACUACACAGACUACGUGGCUACUAGGUGGUAUCGUUCCCCUGAGCUGUUGGUGGGGGACACGCAGUACGGCCCCCCAGUAGAUGUUUGGGCAAUUGGCUGUGUCUUUGCUGAGCUGCUAUCAGGAGUGCCUCUAUGGCCAGGAGAAUCAGAUGUGGAUCAGCUCUCUCUGAUCAGGAAAACCUUGGGGGACCUCAUUCCUAGGCACCAGCAAGUAUUUAGCACGAAUCAGUACUUCAGUGGCGUAAAAAUUCCAGACUCUGAAGAUACGGAACCACUUGAAUUGAAAUUUCCAAACAUCUCUUAUCCUGCCCUGGGGCUCUUAAAGGGCUGCUUCCACAUGGACCCUGCUGAGAGACUGACAUGUGAACAGCUGUUGCAACAUCCGUACUUUGACAGCAUCAGAGAAAUGGGAGAUUUGGCAAAAGAACAUGACAAAGCAACAAGGAAGAACCCAAGACCAAGCCGAAAGCACCUGCCUGAGUACCUACCUCAGCUAACUAGCAGCAGCAUCCUUCCGGCUUUGGAUAGUAAGAAGUAUUACUAUAAUACCAAGAAACUGAACUACCGUUUUCCAAACAUUUAAAGAGCUAGAAGAUUGAUGAUUUUUAAAAAAGGAAUUGAUCAAUAACUUGAAGAAAAUAAAACUUAUACAUUUGACCAAAAGCAAUGACAAUGUUGAAAACACACCAGAAAAAAACCUAAAACUAGUGACUGGGAGGCCACCUGGUAAGAUAGGAAAGGAAAUUCCAGAUCUAGUCUUCCAGGCUUGAUGAUGGCGUCCAGAAAAGAAUGGAAAAACCUGUUUGGAGUUUCACUUGUUUUUGUUUAUGUAAGCAGUCGAUCUCAUAGACAGAACAUAAACUCUACUACUCAUUCUUUUGGCAAAAUUAGAUGAUGUCAAAAAGAUUGAUGCUUCAGUUGUACUAUGUACUACACAUGACAAAUGGAUUUCAUAGUGUCCAUAAGCAUUUCCUUGGAUCUCUGUUACUUUGAGUUCUAGCUCCUCCCUCUCAGAUUGUUUCGACAUCAUAUUUAACUCAAAAAAAAAAAAAAAAAAAAGUAGUUUAAAAUCCCAUUUCCUGCUUGCUCCGUUUCUUGAUUUUUAUAUUUUGGAACAUUUUGAGGGGGAACAUUGAGGUUCAAAAUACUUAAAAUCAUAUGCAUUAUCAUAAAGACUUUGUAAUUUAUAUACUUAUAAAUUUAAUUUUUAUAUUUCUUACCUAUACUUUUGUUUUUACCUUCCGUAAAGGAUGCACCUUAGUCACUUUUGCAGGCAGAAUGGAUUGGUUACAUUGUCUAUAUUUGUUCACCCAAGUCCUCUUGCAGACUUGGCAGCUGAGCAAGCUGGUCAAGGGGUACAUAGAACAAGAACGGCAGGCUUUGCAGGAACUGAGCCUGUCGGCCUCUCUCCAGUCCAGUCUCACUUGAAGCCAGAUCCACAGCAGACCCACAUACAGUUUUAAAAGAAAUUGCUUGUGAGCUUUUACUUGAGUCAUGAAAGACAUUAGGUCAUCAACUGAGUUUUCCCUGAAACAUCUUUUUACACUGUAUUAUAUGUGUAUGUGCAAACACACAUACAUGCAUAUAUACUUACACACCCGUGUGUCUAUAUAAAUAUACAUAUAUACUAUCCUACCAACCAAUAUUGGAAUCAGAAAGUAGUCCAAAAUGGUAUUAUUGAGGACUCCUAGCUUUGUAUAAUGAGACUUUAAAUGAUGACAUGUCAUUAGCUUUGACUUGGCCUACUGCUCCUAAUCAAGAGCAUUUUCAUCCUUGUCCCCAUAUUACACGAGGGUCACGUGAAGCCUGAUAUCUAUCCCUGAUAGCUCAGCACUGUUUUCUAGUGGUUCUCAGCCAUGGUCUUCAAAGCUGUAUUUUACUUUAUCUUCAAAACAUGUCUGCUGCACUCUCACUUUUUUUUCCUGUGUUAGUUUUCUUCAUGACAGCUUUUGACCCCAUUCACUUACUGCUAAGGAAUUUACUAGAUUCUGGCAUCUGUUCAAUAAUUUUGACUGCCCCAGGCAGUUUAAUGCCUUUGGCUUCCUAAUCUAUGUAGCUUCAUGCAUACACCUGAUUGUGGGUUAAAUAUUAGUCCCAGUAUUGUUCAAUUCCUGUUAGGCAGCCUUGAUUCACAUGACAAGGAAGGACAUCCAACUUCUGAGGAGUUAACUUUUUUCUUCUUUUCCCUUAUCCCCAGAAAAUGCACUUGACGGAGGCAGAUGACUAUAACUGCCUAAUACAUCCAAUAGUUUUACAGAAAACUCAGUAGAAAAGUGGUUCUGGACUAAAUCAUGGUAAAUCAGUUGUCUCACCACACAGUAAUGAAACAAACCUGAGAAGACUUCUUUUUCUCUAAUGAGUCCUAUGAAAUUUAUGCUUAUGUUUAUUUUAAACAUAUCUGUAAUCCUUCAGCAUUAAAUCACAACUGUAUCACGAGACUGUUUUACAUCCUGGUUUUUUGAAAAAUACGAUUUUCUGAUUUUUUUUUAAUGACAGUGGUAAUUAUGUUAGUGAAUAGUUUAUCAUUUAUACUAUGUGCAUUUGUAUAAGCUGAUUUCUGAACACAACUAAAAUUCAUUUUUCUACCUGAAA